CUCAGCAGAGAGAGAUGGAAGAAACAGAACUGACGACUCUCUCUGGCUCAAUGUGCCCCAUAAUAUUUGUUUGUUUAAUAAGGAGUAGCUGCAAUUAAUUAAUUCAGUGUUAUUAUGUAAUCAUCAUCGUCAUAAGUAGAUUGUGUGCCAAGUGCUUUAUUUAUUUAUGUAAGUAACGAUACUUGGUCAGGUUCAUGACUUUGACUUGGAGCAGAUUAGAUUGUUGUGUGUUAAGUAAUAAACAUAAUAAUUUAGAGUAAUACUUUUUUUUACUGGGUGUGGACAAGUUGAGAUUUUGAGAUGGUUUUUUUCUCCUCACUGCUGCAUUGGGAUUUCUUUGAAAGGUGUGUGUAGCAGAAAUAUAAAUAAAUAAAUUGGAAAUUAGAAGUAAACCAGGACCCACGAGACCCACAAAAAAUUGGAUGAUAGAUAAUCUCAAUCUCGUAAUACUGUAAAAAGCUUUUACACAAAAAAAUACUAAAGGAAGGAAAUGGAGAAAGUCAUCCGAGAACCGCCGCCUCUUCUCCAAUCCGAUUUUCAGAUCCAAACAAUCAAACGUGACCGAACGCUGAGUCCUCAUAGUAAUAAUCCCUCCCAAAAUUCGCUCAACUUUAGUAUGAAGAAUUUAACCUCGUCCCCGUCAAAUCAUCGUGCCAUGCACCAUAAUCAUCUCAACUCUUCUUCCUCGUCAACUUCUUCUUCCGAACGUAAAUCCCCACACAAUAAUGGAUCCCCAUCGCCCUCACCCACCACCAAGAAUGUCGGCGUGGGAGCGAACCUCCUCCAGCAACAGCGUCACUCUUCCGCCCCCGUCGCUGUGGGACAUGGUCACUUCGGGUCUAUUAAUGGACCUUCAUCCGUCUCCAUCUCUGCCGCUACGAACAACAGGAAUGGGGUUUCGAGUCCGCAAAGUUCUUCACCCACGCCACUCGGUGAAAGCAACCAAUCCCCAUAUUCCUCAGUCUCGUGCCCAUCGCCAUCCUCAGGGGUCAACCUCAGUCUAAAAGAUGGCAACAAGGGUUUAGCCGGAGGAGGAGGGGUCAAAGGUCGUAUGGCGAUGGGGCGACCACCACAAACGGUACCAGCAGCAGCCUCGUCAAGUCCGAAGGGUGGUGACGCCCCACCCACAACCACACCUGCCGUCGCGAGCAAGAUUGUCAGCCAAAAUGUGAACGGCACUUUAGCCCUGACCACGAUCCCACGAACGGAUUCGGAGCUCCAGCUAUUCCGUGUCCUCCAACGAGCCAAUUUACUGUCCUAUUUCGACGUUAUGAUCGAACUCGGGGGCGACGAUGUCCAACAAUUGUGUGAAGCUGGGGAGGAAGAGUUUCUCGAAAUUAUGGCUCUCAUCGGGAUGGCGUCUAAACCAUUGCAUGUCCGCCGAUUGCAAAAAGCUCUGCAAGAGUGGAUGUCGAAUCCAGCCCUAUUUCAAACCCCCGUGCUUCCACCUGGAGUCCCUCUCAUCGGGGCACCACCAGUCGGUGCGGCCCGGUCAUCAGCAUCAUCCGGCUCCAGUAAUUCCAAUCUGUUGACGCCAUCACCUCCAUCCAGCGCGUCAACGGGGCUAGCACCACAACUCAUGCCAACAACUAUCCCCACGACGCGCACGUCGCCAUCACUUCCUUCCUCCCAGCAACAUCAACAAGUUCCCAUCCGACCCAUUCCAUACCAUCAUUCCUCCGGAAAUGGUGGACCUUCAGGGUCCGCUGCUGCUGCGAUGGCGAUUGCUGCCGCUGCAGUACAACAACACGCUGCAGCAAUGUUCUUCGAUACUGGGAAUAAGCAUAAGCUGCACAUAGCCACGACCACUAAUAACUCGAAUGGACAUCAUGGUCAUCACAGUUCAAAUAGUAAUAGUCCCAAUGGGUCUCUAAACAUGCGACCUGCGCAUAUGAGUCCGACUAGCAAUGCGUCCGUUUCCACCCUUCAGAUGAACCACUCUUUCUCCAACGGCUACCACCACCACCCACCAAGACAUCAUCAAAAUAUGGAUCGCCAACAGGAGAAGGAAGUCCGCAUUCCUGUCGACCAAAUUAUUCCGUCUCACUUUCUCGAGCAGCGUAUUCGCACCGCUUCCGAACCAAAUAGCCCUGCUGCUUCAGAAUCUCCCAGCGAGUCGGGCUCCUCCCACUCGCCAGUCCCAUUCCUGCAAGAGAACGAACUCACGAAAGUGAUUGAUGCGGCGGAACAAAUGGUGAAAACUUUGCCACCCUAUGUCUUCGAGCCACAAGUACCUUCCAAGCGCAAGUUCAGCGGAGAUUUUGAGAAAGUGAUGCGACUUUCUCCAAACGAUCCUCAACGGGUAGAAGAAGUCAGAAAGAUGUCGACUGUCUAUGGACGCGCGGACCCCAAUUGCAGCACGCACCCGAACAAAAGGAAGUUUCCAAAACCUCUGACGAUGCAUGAAGUCUGUGUUAAUGAAGCAGCCGCGCAGUUGGCUAAACAUGUACCUGCUCUGCUCACUUAUCGGGAUGAACUUUGUGCCUUGGCGAAACAGGUUGUUCGAGACGCUGGGUUAUCAAAUUAUUCCUCCAACCAAACCCACAACUACGCCAUCGCCGUAAACAACAACAAUUCCAUGAGCUAUAUGAAUCAAAAUCAAAUCUACACGGGAGGAUACAGCAAGAAAAAUAGCUCUUCUUCCUCCUCCUCAAAUCUUGAACUGGCCGGAUAUCUCAUGGGUGGGGGUAGCUUGAAUGGGAUCAGUAGCAGCAAUGAUUCUAGUGUUGCUAGUAAAAGAGUGCGUAUGGAUGCUGCUAAUGGGAUUGAGAUUCAGGAAUAUUCUCGACCACCAUCAAACCAGAGUGACAUCGUCCCAUCCGACAAUGCGGACGCUAUGCAAAUCACCCCCAUUAAAAACUUGCCGAGAAGAUCACCCUCAGAGGAGCAUAGCAGUCCUUUACCGUUGGAGUUGGUAACGGUCACAACCUCUGCGAACAGUAGUCCUCGUCGCCGCUCCUCCCAAUCUGUUUCUCCUCCCCGUCGACUCAGCCACGAGACUGACGAUCUCCACAACAAUUCUUAUAACAAAGCGUCCAAUAAUUCGGGCGUGAAGACAAUGUCGAUUCCCGUUUCUGGAGGAAGCAUAAAUAUUUCACAUAAUAAUAGUAAUGACACGAUUCGGGGGACUCUGAUGUUGCCCAUCAAGAUGGAACCUGCCAAUUAGUUGACUCAUUACUUAUUAUUAGUUAAGUAAAUACCAAUUAAAUUAAUGUCAUCUCUCUAAUAGGAUAAGUUCAACUUGGUUGUAAUAUCCGGCAACCGUGUGCUAUAAAGUUAUUAUAUUACCGAAUAAUGUAUGGUUAUAAUUAAGUAAGAUGUAUUACAGUUUCAGUUAGUACAGCGAUUUGACAUGUUGAAAUACUUGAUAGAUAUGAUAGGACAGGGUUAUCCAGAAUUGGUUGGGUAAUCUAAUCAAUAUAUAAAUUCUCCGAUUCUUGAUUAGCAGUUAUCAGAGUUAACAGAGAAUAUAGUGAGCUUUAUUUUUUUUCAGUCAUAUAUAAAUAAAUAUAACCAUAUCAGAUGAAUUACUUAAUACAAGUGCAUAGUAAUGGAUCAUUACAAUAUUACAACGAAACGUUAAUAAUGUUAAACGUUAAUCUCAAUCCAAAGAGCUACAAUUUAUUUACUUUCUCCUUCGUAUAAUAAAAGUACAUAAAUAAUUGAGUACAUGUUGUUCCAUAGUUUAGAGAUUACACCACAAAAAUGUGCAUUUAUGAUAUUUAUAAAACUUGGAGGCAUAAAUGUUGCAAUUAUCAACAAAGUUAUUAAAUAAAUAAACAAUAGUAAAAGAUAUAAAAAUUA